AUUCAUUUUGAUCACUUAGCUUAGCUCUCUAGCUCUUAAACUAAGCAAAGAAACUGUCCAAUGUCUAUAAAGGCCUAGCUAAGCAUUGUAUAUAUAGAGAGACAUUCUUAUUGGUUCUUCAAGUCUUUCUGAUAUUGGUUGCUGUUUCAUAUAUUUUUUCCAGUAUCAAUAUGGGGAGCAAUGGAACAACUGAAUACAAGGACUUGUUACCAGUGAUGGCAGAGAAGCUGGAUGUGGAGACCUUUGUGUCCGAGCUAUGUGGAGGUUUUCGACUUCUGGCAGACCCCGAAAGUGGGCUGAUCACCGCGGAGAGCCUGAAGAAGAAUUCUGCGCUUCUCGGAAUGGAGGGGAUGAGCAAAGAGGAUGCUGAGGGCAUGGUUAGGGAAGGUGAUCUUGAUGGAGACGGCGUGCUGAAUGAGACGGAGUUCUGUAUUCUCAUGGUGAGGCUGAGUCCAGGGAUGAUGGAAGAUGCAGAGACUUGGCUUGAGAAAGCUCUUGAACAAGAGCUAAAGAAAUCCUGAUCAUAUGAUGAUCAACAUGAGUCUUCGAUGGUAUGCAAUUUUUACGGUAGCUGAAUGUAAAGAUCAAUGUGUUUUUACAACUUGGUAAGGCUGUAAGCUACUGUUCAAUAAUGUUGUUAAAGUUGUUGAUUGGAGAAUUUGUUACCUCGCAGAUGAGAACUUCCUCAGAUAAUGCCUUUUUUUAGUGACAAGAAAGAAGUAAUAAUAUAUGAUGAUGGAUCCCAUUUGAUACAAUCAA